GGACUGAAGCUCUCCAGCCGGGGAGCAGAGCCUCAGUCUGGGCAGCCAGGAGCAGCAGAGGUGCUGUCUGCCUCCACCACCAGGACAGGACACUUUGUCCCGUCUAUAGAAGUGUGUGUGUUUGCGUGCGUGUGUGUGUGUGUAUGUGUGUACGUGUUGGCAAAUAAAACCAAGGAGAUUGCGACUUUAAAAAAGAAAGGAAGACCCAGCAAAUCGGGGGUACAUCGUCGUCGGUGGCAUGAUGGGGGGCAGAGAGGUGUGUGCGUUCUCCUCACGGAAGCAGCGCUUUAGGAUGUGAUGUCUGCCCGACGCGCAGAGAUGCUGUGAGCUCUGGUAUUAGCAGCCAGCUGCGCACCGAGCCGCUCUCUCCACCCCUCCCUCACCGUCCCUUUCCCUCCCCAGCAUCCCCGCUCCCCUACAGCACCGACCAUUCGCUGAACCCGGGGAAUCGGUUCCACACUCCACGGCUGGCGUCCCGCUCGGAGAUUUGACACGAGGCAGAGAAUACUCCUUUUUCUGGAGGAAGGACACUGGAUUUAGAAACACUUGUGGCUCUCUGCACAGACUGUGGUUUUAGUGAUUUUGAGCUGGGCUUCUCCUGCCAAGCGUAAGCCAGUUGUGCUUGGUUUACCUACGCUGCAUUCUCGGAAAUUUCCUUCUUUCACCUGAUGAUAAAACCAGUUCACAGGAUCACCAUCCAUGGUUGCUGCCCUACUCAAGACUGUAACAUUCUUUAUUGAAAAGAUUUGCAAAGGAAUGUUUACAAAGAAAUUGGCAAACCCAAUAAAGAAGAAAGAAAGAAGUGAAAAUAAAGAGCCCAAAUCAACCACUGAUUUGCAAGCACAGAAUUUAACUCUCUCAACCACUCUUAAGACUACAGUUAAAAAGAUUUCCAAAUGCUCUUCGGCACGUAACAUAUCGCUUGAGGAGGACGACAGAAAGAACGACUGCUCUUCUUUGUCACCCACUUUCAGUUAUCGUGUGGCCAUAGCAAAUGGACUCCCAAAAAACUCAAUUUUUUUGAACAAUAAUGAAAGCAUUUUUCCUGACGUUCUUUCGAUUGAUAGUAGCUACUCUGACUUCUUAAGUGAGACAAAACCUGUCCGGAGACUAGAUGAGCAUAAAUCACACACUAUGCCAGUAAGACGAAAUAGGAAGAGUCUCAUCAGUUUAGCUCCUUCUGAUGGCAGUUCUGAGGGGGAACGAGUGGAACGUUCCAGUUUACAUACACUUCGGCUGGGUGCUCUACGCAAGUUAAGAAAAUGGAAAAAGAGCCAAGAAUGUGUCUCCUCAGACUCAGAAGUGAGCAACUGGAGGAAAACUCUGGGCAUUCGGAGCAAAUCUUUGGACCGUGCUGGACGGCAGCAAAAAAGCUCAACUCUGGAGCCUGGGUCAUCUUCAACAGGUUGCAUCAGUCAGACCCAGGAUGUAAUGGAAAUGAUUUUCAAGGAGCUUCAGGGGAUCAGCCAAAUAGAGACAGAACUAUCUGAGCUUCGUGGUCAUGUAAAUGCACUAAAGAGCUCUAUCGAUGAGAUCUCCAGCAGUGUAGAGGUAGUUCAGAGUGAGAUAGAACAGCUUCGCUCAGGGUUUGUCCAGUCCAGAAGGGAAACACGAGACAUUCAUGACUACAUAAAACAAAUCAGCCACCAGGCCAAUAAUUUAACCUUACGAUUCCUAAAUGUUCCCGAAGAACGUUCGGAAAAAACAGAAAGUUUAAUAUAUAAGCUGCUGAAAGAAAAAAUGGGUUUUGUUGAUGCCCAUAAAACAAUUAAAAUCGAGUUAGCGCAUAGAUUAGGGCAACAAAGAGAAUGUUCUAAUGCAAAACCUCGUCCUAUAAUUGUUAUUUUUACCACACCACAAGAUAGGGAUGUAGUCUUAAAAAAAUGCUAUAAGCUUAAAGGUACAGGGAUCACAGUUUCUACUGAUAGCUUGCCAAGUGAUGGGAAGGAGAGAAAAGACAAAACCAUGACAUCCUCACAAACCUAUGAAAGUAUGGAUAUAAAAGUCUCAGGAAAAGACAAAGUAGUAGAGAGUGAUGACUGGGACUCAAUGGACAGUGAUAAAGAACUUGAUGAGUUAAGUAAAAAUAAAUAUGCAAUGGUCAUUUCAAAGCCUGUUCACAAGGCCAAAUCUGAAAAAAGACGGUCCCACGACCACAGCCGGUCGGGAGAUGAAGCGUGCUACUCAGGCACAGUUCAUUAUGCUGAUGAUCCUUAUUAUGACCCUGACAAGCAUGCAAAAACUUACUAUUCUGAUUUGACCUCUGGUUGGCUUUCUCAGAGUGACUAUUCUACUCCUAAACUUAGUCGGUCUGAGUCUGAUUGUUCAAAACUUUGCCAGUCUUACUCAGAAGACUUCUCAGAAAGCCAGUACUUCACACGAGCAAAUGGUUGCUCCCUGCUCUCCUCUUCUGAUCAGGAACUGUGGCAACGAAAACAAGAGGACAUGGCCUCUUCUUGGUAUGCUAGCCCUAGUCACCCUCCCAGUCAUGGUAAUCAAAGUUAUGAACACAAUGAGGUUGAAACUACAGAAACUAUUGACAGUGGGGUGAGCAAUGGGCUUGUCUGCAUGUCUGGGGAUAGAAGUCACUACAGUGGUUCCCAGUUAUCUUUGCAAGGUGAUCUGUCACCAUGGAAAGACUGGCAUCAUCUAGAACAAGGAGCUGAUUCUGGCUUGGAAGCUUCUAUAGAGGUUAGCAGCCCCUUUGACCCAUCAACCAUCCCUGGUUUUCCAGAGAACAUCACUAAAUGUCAGGAGGUUGAUUUGCAGUUUGAGGGAGAUGAAGAGUUUAUGAUGCUUGACAGGGAACCUUCUUUACCAACUAUAACCACCCACAUUAUUCCUCCUAUCACAGAACGAGAAUCAGUCAAGACCUCUGCCAGGCAGUCUAAAGAAGGAAGUAAGGUUAUCACAAAAGAAAGCACAAAGUCAUCRCCGAAAGAGGUUCCUAAAGUUGCUCCUAAAGCAACACAAAAACAAAGUAAAUUGACUCCUAAGGAUGAAAACCCUAAAAUACUGGCUAAAGAAAAUCCAAAGAUUUCUGCUAAAGUUUCAUCUAAAGUAACAUCUAAAGUCACCACUAAAGACUCACCUAAAGAAAUAUCAAAAUCAGCUGUUAAAGAAUGUGCCCACGUAAUCUCUAAAGACACUCCUAAAUUCACACCCAAGGAAACCACAAAGCCAGUAGUUAAGGAGGUGUCUAAAGUGACACCAAAGUCAGUUACUGGUGAGACUGGCAAGGUCUCUUCAAAAGUGACUUCAAAAGAGAGCCCUGCAAUGACUCCUAGGGAAAGUCCUAAAGAUUCACCUAAAGAGAGCCCAAAAAUAACACCAAUUGACACCCCUGUUUUGACCCCUGACUCAACUCCUAGAGAGUCUCCAAAGGAAUCCCCUAAAGUCAUUGCUAAAGAUGCUCCAAGAGUUCCAUCGAAAGAAGUUGUAAAAGUUGCUGCUAAAGAUAUUUCCAAAGAAGCUUCAAAAACUCUUCCCAGAGAGAUCCCAAAAGAGCUACCUACAGUAGCACCUAAGGAGACGAAUAAAGUAGCCCCUAAAGAAGUUUCUAAGAUUCCACCUAAAGAAGCUCCAAAAGUACUCCAAAAAGAAAAUUUUAAAGUGACCCCUAAAGAGCCAGCUAAAGUAGCUCCAACAGACGUUCCCACAGUAGCAAAUAAAAUAAGUUCUAAAGAUAUUUCCAAGGACACCCCCAUAAAAGGUCAUAAUGAAAAAUUCCCUGAAUUAGAUGUUAAUCAUAGCUUUCAUCAGUCCCAGAGCAAGUCCACAAGCAUGUAUCGAAGCCAGAGCGAAAUUCGAACAGAGAAGGUUGAGGAGGUUCCCAAGUCUUGGAGCAGUAGACUGAGCAUUGAUCUCAGUGAGAAGUCGUUUGGUUUUGGCUUUGGAUCUACGCUUCAAAGAGCUAAGUCAGCUUUGGAGGUUGUUUGGAAGUCAGGUUCGCAGACUACCCCUGUUCCUCCUGAGGAACCAAACAACUCAUCUUCCUCCUUYAUGGGACGUUUUCGUACCAUGUCCACUUCUACUGCAAAUACCCCUUGUACUACAAUGGACUCAAAUAUCCACACAGAGCCUGUAUUCUAUAAGGCUGAAGAGGAUAAAACAGCAUUAGAAGCAGGAGAACAGUCGGUGGACAGUGAGACCCAUUAUGUUGAAGUAAUGGAGCAGGUACUAGCUAACCUGGAGAACAGGACUAAUGUGAAUGAAAAUAAGGAGCCUGAUGAGCUUGAACCAGAGUGUGGGACCUCCCAGGAUUAUGAUGUGUCUGAAGACAUUGAGGCAUCCCAAAACAUUGAGCCUACUCAAGGACCCGAAGCUUCUCAAGUUUUUGAAACGUCUGAUGAAUAUGAAGCAAGUAAAGAGACGCAUGUUUUGGAGUAUGAUUGCAGUUUGGAUGAGCAGUAUGAUGAAGAGUACAGUGAGAACUAUGAAAACCAGCUCACUGAGGACACUGCUGAAUAUGAUGCAAUGGUUGAGUAUGUAGAUGUUGAAGAAGCAGAUGAGACCGAGGACAAUGAUGAGACAGAAGAAAUGGAAGAGGGCAUAGAGGAGCUGGAAGAGGUGGAGGAGAUAGCAGAGGAGGCUGCUGAAGUAACUGAAAAAGUGGAACAACAACAGCAGGGAGAUGAAAACAUCAAUGUUCCUGAGGAAAAGCCAAUAGAAGAACCACCCAAAAAGCGUGUUCGUCCCACAUUUAAGGAGGCAGCGCUGAGGGCUUACAGGAAACAAAUGGCUGAACUGGAGCAACAAAUCCUGGCAGGAGACGCCAGUGCUUUGGAUACUCAGCCUCGCAGUCUUUUGGAUCCCAAACUGCUCGGUUUGCAGUCUGGAGGGGCUGGCAGUAUUCUUUAUGGUAUUGACAGCAUGCCAGAUUUACGCCGCAAAAGGACAGUGCCUCUUGUCCGAGACCUGGCUUUGACCCUCACUGCUCGAAAGGCAGGCAUCUCGUUUGCUCUGGUGAACCGAUCCACCCUGAAUAAUGAAGAACUGAAACUGCAUGUGUUCAAGAAGACUCUCCAGGCCUUGAUCUACCCAAUUUCCUCCACCACACCCCAUAAUUUUGAGGUGUGGACGGCGACUGCUCCCACCUACUGCCAUGAGUGUGAAGGCCUGCUGUGGGGCAUCGCCCGUCAGGGCAUGCGCUGCUCAGAAUGUGGCGUUAAAUGCCACGAGAAGUGCCAGGACCUGCUCAACGCAGAUUGUUUACAAAGAGCCGUGGAGAAAAGCUCUAAGCACGGGGCAGAGGACAAAACUCAGAACAUCAUCAUGGCUAUGAAGGAGCGCAUGAAGAUAAGGGAGAAGAACCGCCCUGAAGUGUUCGAGGUGAUUCAGGAGAUGUUCCACGUCUCUAAAGAAGACUUUUCCAGCCAUCUGAAGACGGCCAAACAGGCAGUGCUGGAUGGGACGUCCAAGUGGUCGGCCAAAAUUAGCAUUACAGUCAUGUGUGCACAAGGUUUACAGGCCAAGGAUAAAACCGGCUCCAGUGACCCGUAUGUCACCGUCCAGGUGGGCAAGACCAAACGCAGGACAAAGACCAUCUUUGGCAACCUCAACCCUGUGUGGGAUGAGAAGUUCUACUUUGAAUGUCACAACGCGACUGACCGCAUAAAGGUGCGCGUCUGGGACGAAGAUGAUGACAUCAAGUCACGGGUCAAGCAACAUUUCAAACGCGAGUCGGACGAUUUCCUGGGUCAGACCAUCAUCGAGGUCCGCACGCUCAGUGGAAAGAUGGAUGUCUGGUACAACCUAGAUAAAAGAACUGAUAAGUCUGCAGUAUCUGGUGCCAUCAGACUGAAGAUCAGCGUUGAGAUGAAAGGAGAGGAAAAUGUGGCUCCUCCUCACGGCCAGUACACCUGUUUACAUGAGAACCUGUUCCACUACCUGACCGAGGUGAAGAACAACGGGGUGGUGAAGAUCCCACAGGUGAAAGGGGACGACGCGUGGAAGGUCUACUUUGACGACGUGUCUCAGGAGAUAGUGGAUGAGUUUGCCAUGCGAUACGGGGUGGAGUCCAUCUAUCAGGCUAUGACGCAUUUCUCCUGUCUAUCUGCCAAAUACAUGUGUCCUGGUGUGCCAGCAGUGAUGAGCAACCUGCUCGCCAAUAUUAAUGCUUAUUUUGCCCACACGACAACCACCACCACAACCACCGCCUCUGCUUCUGACAGAUUUGCUGCCUCUAACUUUGGGAGGGAGAAAUUUGUCAAAUUACUGGAUCAGCUGCAUAACUCAUUGAGGAUCGACCUUUCUAAAUAUCGGGAUAACUUCCCUGCAGGAAACCCAGAGCGUCUCCAAGAUCUGAAGUCCACCGUUGAUUUGCUUACGAGCAUCACCUUCUUCAGGAUGAAGGUACAAGAGCUCCAGAGUCCACCCAGAGCCAGCAUGGUGGUGAAGGACUGUGUGAAAGCUUGUCUCGACUCUACGUACAGAUACAUUUUUGACAACUGUCAUGAACUCUACAACCAGCUUCUUGACCAGAGCCGGAAGCAGGAUCUUCCCAGAGAGGAGCAGGGUCCAUCCAUCAAGAACUUGGACUUCUGGCCAAAACUCAUCACUCUCAUGGUGUCUGUAAUCGAUGAGGACCGCACAGCCUACACCCCAGUCAUUAACCAGUUUCCCCAGGAGCUGAACGCGGGGAAGAUCAGCGCUGAGAUCAUGUGGAACCUCUUUGCCCAGGAUAUGAAGUAUGCAAUGGAAGAGCAUGAUAAGCAUCGCCUAUGCAAAAGUACUGAAUACAUGAAUCUUCACUUCAAAGUCAAAUGGUUCCAUAAUGAGUACGUACGUGACCUGCCGGCCUUCAAGGAUGUUCCACCUGAGUAUUCUCUGUGGUUCGAGCCAUUUGUCAUUCAGUGGCUUGAUGAGAAUGAAGACGUUGCCAUGGAUUUCCUCAAUGGAGCCCUUGAAAGGGACAAGAAGGAUGGAUUUCAGCAAACCUCGGAGCACGCCCUCUUUUCCUGCUCGGUGGUGGAUGUKUUCACUCAGCUAAACCAGAGUUUUGAGAUUAUCAAAAAGCUGGAGUGCCCAAACCCACAGGCUCUGGCUCACUUCAUGUGCCGCUUCGCGAAGACUAUCAACAAAGUUCUUUUGCAAUAUGCUGCAAUCAUUUCCAAGGACUUUCCAUCACAUUUGAGUAAGGAGAAGGUGCCCUGCAUCAUUCUCAACAACAUUCAGCAACUUCGUGUACAACUGGAGAAGAUGUUUGAGUCGAUGGGAGGCAAACAGGUUGUUGUUCCCACUUUUACUCCAACUCAAGGAGGAGAGCCUAAAGCUCACCACCAACUUACAGGCUGYGGUUUUGAUCCAUUCUCUCCAUUCCCCCAGCUGCCAUUGCAAAAGCUUCAGAGAGGAUUUUUUUUCAGUUUGUKUUCUCAAAUACUCUCCGAUCCUUCCAGCUAUGACUUCAACUGAGUUUGUGCUGUAAUCUAACUGUUUGUAGAUCRAAACCUGGAUUGCUUUUAGYUCUAUUUUCUAAAGUAUAAGGACCCUGCAAGACCUAACCUUCCCUUCCAAGUCAGAUUUUGAAUUUUAGCUGUUUGUGAAGAAUCAUGCUGUAUCUUAGAAAUAUAGUAAGUAAUUUCUGUGAAGUAUCUUCUUYAAGCCUGCAACUAAACUGUAUUUCAGAUCCAAGUUUGUUUUUAAUUUUCUUCCYGYACAGGCCUUUGAUUGUAAAACUGUUUCUACCAGGAAUCAACUCAUAGAGUACCAAAGUAAUUAGCAAGCGCUGUUAUCAUAGUCUAGUGCUACCAAUAACAGAGCUUACUACUAAUCUAACACAAUGCUAAUUUAUAGCCUCAUCAAGUACUGAUCUGCCAAGUUUAGUAUCAGACUUUACUUUGGAUUUUGCCGUUUGCUAAUAUGCUUCWUUCCCGUUGAAAUAGAUGUCCGUUAGGCCUUCUUUACUCAGCACUGUGACUCAUUUUGGAUAGGCUGUGCUGUAAAAUAACAACCUGCCAGCGAAUAGAUAUUGGACUGUUGAAACAAGCAAAGUGGAGCAAAGCUGGGCAGCAGCUGAUAGGCUGUCAGCCAGGGGAGAGUUGCACACGCUGCAGGACUCUGGAUACCAGUCAUUGUUGAGCAAAACUAGCCACCAUGGAGAAGCCAGGUGCUCCAUCUUUUCCAAACAUGAUGACUUUCUUUUACUGCGUCUAAUGAACAAUUCUAAAAUACAACAGGCAAGCUUAGGAAAUGUCCCUUUUGUCAAAGUGGAAAAAUAAAUCAGCAAAGUUUAAUGUUUUAGAAGAUGUGAAAAAGACAGGGUGACUGUGAACAUUAAAACUCUUGAAAAACUUUGACUUGUGAUGAAAGAAUUUGUUUUCUUAAGAGAUUUUCUCAAAGUAAAAACUUGAUACUUAUUACAGAGGUUGCAAAACGAUUUCCACAUCUGAUUUAGCAAAAAAUCAAAAUGAAAAGACUGAACAGAGCUUCUACUGGCUAAUUGCUGUUCUUGUUUAUUUUUCUUCUCAAAGCUCAUUUUUUAAAAUCAAACAACUACUUCUCUUAAGGUACAAUUAGAAACAUUGUAGUCGUAAUGCCACGAUCCUGCAACUUGACAGAGAUUUGCUCCAAACAUGGAAACAGGCUGAUUUAUACGAUUUUUGAUGAUUUUUUAAAAGAUUACUGGUACCUGAAAUUUGCUUUGUUGAAUGAAAAUCAGACUCUUCUGACUACUCUUUARCAGAUUUCAGAUUUAGACCACAGCACACAUGCAUUCAGUUCAUUUGCAUCCAAGAAAUCACGAAUGAAAGUAGAAUUUUCACAUUCCACAAACUGACAAAUGACUUGGUUUGUCUUAAAGCUGCAAAAAUGUCCUUUGCCAGAAUAACUUUAAAAUGUCUUAAAAUUGGGAUAAAAUCCAAAAGAUCUAAAUUUCUUUUUGUYCCACACUGAAGAUUAGAAUCCAAACCAGUAAAUGUUUAAAGGCUGAGGAAAAAGUGAGGCCUACAAUGAUUUAUUUAUUUACCUUUUUUAACACUCGAAAAGAUAAAAUCCAUCCCUGACUCCAGGGAAUAAAAAAAACRUGUAUGGGUUAUUAUCAGUGUGAGGAAAAUUUCACACAUAGAUGUAUAAAUCUAUCUUGCUCAUAGUGCAGAUGAAGGCAUGUGUGCAGAAUAACGAUGUGAACAAAAAAAGUUACGUUUACACAUCCGCUUCCCAGCUGAGCCAUCCACCAUGAGAAUGUGUCAGAUGAACGGCUUCAUGGCUGAGCUUAUUGGGUCCGAUGCGGUGAUUUGUCAUGCAUGUUAUCUGGUGCUUCACCUCACACGGUCAUUUCAGCACACAUGUAUGAAGUUACCAGCACAAAUAUGGUCACAUUUUUUUUUUUUUUGGUGCAGAGCAAACAUCCAGUGCCCAUUCAUUUGGUCAAAAUAUGUCUAAAAUGCCAAAUGAACGUAAACAUGAACASUCCUGUGCAUUCAUCACAUAAACAUGCUUAAAUAUGGAGCUUCAGAAAAAUACAUUCUGUGCAUGGGCAUACAAAUGGUCAAAAUCUGUUGAUAUGUUUGUAUAGAGUUGUAUUCAUUUGCUCUUAGGUCAUUUUGUAUCUGCCAGUAGAUACAUUUACAUGAGUUUAUUUAAACAAACGAAAAAGUAAACAGUGAUAUAGUGACAUUUUUUACUCUAAAAUCACACCUUAUUUCAGGGGACAGUGGURACUUCAUGGUCAAUGGCUGCAGGUUUUGGUCCAGGUUGCAUCAAGAAGGGCUCCCAGCAUAAAACAAUUGCUUUUUUUCCCACUUUAACACAUAAUUCAGCAGAUUUGCAUUUUAUUUCUAAGAAUAUAACAGGCUGAGAAUAGCUUGUCUUCACUGCAGCUUGUGUAAUAAUGCACAGAGAUGUCCCUGUUGACAACUACUUCCUUGUUGAGACCACAUCUUAUGACUGGGCUAGCCGUCAACAUUGCAGUGCUCUGAGGUGAGCUGUCUAUUGGUAUUCAGAGCAUUGCUCGGCACACAUGGCAGGCAGAAUGAGUGGGAGGCCACCAGCGAGGCAGGUUACCUCUCCUCUGAGCUUGUUGCCCUCCCAGCCCCAGCACCCGCCACCGCAGUUGAAGCGUUCUCCAGAGAUACAGAGACCUUGCCACUGCUGGCUACUAUAUAAAGUGCAAAGAUGUAGUAACUGCCUGUCUUUUACUGUACCRACAGCUGGAUGCAGAAGCCAGUGAUCUGCUAAAAGAGCUGCAGAACAAACUCAACACAGUGCUGGACGAGCUCAGCGGAGUGUUCGG